GGUAAUGAAAAACAUAACAAAAAACACAUUUGAUAGUGUACAUCACAAUAAACCAAACGGAAAGACUUUUACCUCUGACCAGUCUCCACCCAUAAUAGCCUACCAUCAAGAAUGGGAGUGGCUGAGAGAGGGAGGGGAGCGAGAGGGAAAGCUGGAGCAGUCUGCUGUAGCAGUCACCGUAACAGCCAAAGCCGAGAGGGACUGAAAGCAAAGAGAGAGAGAAAAGCUUAUAGAAAAUAAAGUAAGGUAGAAAAGGUAGUAAGUACAGUAAGUAAGAUAGAAAAUUAAGAUUAACUCAAAUUAAAGAGUGAGAACAGAGCAAGGAAGCAUAACUGGAAAACCACUUCAGCCCGGGAUAGAAGAAACUGAAGGAGAAAAAGAGACGCAUGCAAUAAAUUAACUCUUGGAUUUGAGACACAUGUUCAUGCGUGGACUGUUGCUGCUGUGAUCUGUCAUUCCCCGGCCAUUUAGCGUGUGCUUCAGAAGCUGAGGAGAGAGUGUGUGUGAGCCUGUUGUUCCUCUGGAGUCUACGGGACCAUGGCACCUGUCAGAAACGGAUGAACUUGAGGCUCAAAGGACUCUCAGAAAAAACAGCCUCCAGCAUAAAGGAUAAACUUUCACCGCAUCACUGUCACAACAAGCAGGACACCUAAGAGCUGUCACGGCAACAGCUGCCUCGACAACCAGCAUCCCGGUCAGCCAUCUGUUUGGCAGCUGUCUGACGUUUUUCCUUGACUGAGAAGUUCUGGUGGUCCUCAGAAGAUGAUGACGACGGUGGUGAUGAUGUGCAGUUUGUUUGUUCUGCUUGGGCUGGUCAGCAUCAGCGCUUCAUCCAGUGGAAGUUCUUCAUUGGCCUCACCACGUAUGAAGCUGUCUUAUAAAGAUCUUCAACAGUUUAAUGGAGUUAAGCGAUUUGAGUUAGAACGUUCAUGUUGUUUUGGAGCACUCCUGUUGGAUGAAGAGAGAGGACGUCUUUUUGUUGGCGGUCGUAACUACUUGUUAUCGCUCAGUCUCGACAACAUCAGCAAACAGGAACAGAAGAUUAACUGGCCAGCGCCUGUUGAUUGGAGAGAAGAGUGCAACUGGGCGGGUAAAGACAUCAAUACGGACUGCGUCAACUAUGUGAAAAUUCUUCACCAUUAUAAUCGUACUCACCUGUACACCUGUGGGACGGGAGCGUUCCACCCCACAUGUGUGUACGUGGAGGUGGGACAGAAGUUGGAGGAUCACAUAUUUAGAAUCGAUCCCUCUAUGGCAGAAGAUGGAAAAGGAAAGAGUCCGUAUGACCCACGGCAUACAUCAGCAUCCGUUCUGAUUGGUGAUGAGCUCUAUGCAGGGGUUGCUACCGAUCUGAUGGGGCGGGACUUCACAAUAUUCCGCAGUAUGGGACGUAGGCCCUCCAUACGAACAGAACAGCACGAUUCACGCUGGCUGAAUGAGCCAAAGUUUAUAGCGGCGUUUGGUGUUCCCGAGAGUGAGAAUCCAGACGAUGAUAAAGUCUUCUUCUUCUUUAGAGAAACUGCGGUGGAAGCUCAGGGAUUCGGGAAGGUUACCUAUGCUCGGAUUGGUCAGCUCUGCCGGAAUGAUAUGGGAGGGCAACGCAGUCUAGUGAACAAGUGGACGACAUUUCUAAAGGCUCGUCUUGUGUGUUCUGUACCAGGCAACGAUGGCACUGAAACACAUUUCGAUGAACUUCGGGAUGUGUUCCUGCUGCAGACCCGUGACAAAAAGAAUCCGCUGAUCUACACGGUCUUUACCACUUCCAGUAGUGUAUUUCAAGGCUCUGCAGUGUGUCUGUACACCAUGAAUGACAUUCGGCGGGCAUUUUUAGGGCCUUUUGCUCAUAAAGAGGGACCGAAUUAUCAGUGGGUGCCAUUUCAGGGUAAAGUGCCAUACCCACGGCCUGGCAUGUGUCCCAGCAAGACCUUCGGUAGUUUUGAAACCACUAAAGGUUUUCCUGAUAACGUAAUCCAGUUUGCAAGGCACCAUCCGUUAAUGUUUAAUCCAGUCACUCCACUGGGGGGCCGACCGCUGUUCCUGCGUACUGGAAUACCGUACAGCUUCACUCAGAUUACUGUAGACCGCGUCAAUGCGGCUGAUGGCCACUAUGAUGUAAUGUUCAUCGGCACAGAUGUUGGCUCUGUGCUGAAGGUGAUCUCUGUUCCUAGAGGAAGCUGGAGCAACACAGAGCUUCUGCUGGAGGAACUCCAGGUUUUUAAGGAUUCAUCGUCUAUUAUUAGCAUGCAGAUUUCCUCUAAACGGCAACAGCUGUAUGUGGGUUCAGACACAGGUGUGGUACAGGUGCCUCUGCAUCGCUGCAGUAUGUAUGGUAAAGCGUGUGCCGAAUGCUGUCUGGCUCGAGAUCCUUACUGCGCCUGGGACGGACACUCAUGCACACGCUAUCUGCCAAACACCAAACGAAGGUUCCGGCGUCAGGAUGUGAGGAAUGGUGAUCCUAAUGCUCUCUGCUCUGGAGAUCACCAAAAGCAGCGUAUCCUAGAGAAGAGGUUAUACGCUGUGGAUGGAAGCAGCUCGUUCCUGGAAUGUAUCCCUAAAUCACUGCAGGCCCAGAUUACAUGGACCUUUCAGAAGCACGCAGAAAACCCACGGCAGGAGGAGGUUCGUCUGGAUGACCGCAUAAUGCACACAGAACGAGGUCUGUUGUUCAGACGUGCCCUGCGAAGAGAUGCUGGCGUGUAUCAGUGUCACGCAAUGGAACACGGAUUUACCCAAACCCUCCUCGCCAUCACGUUGGAGAUCCUGCAUUCGAGUGGCUCCGCACCUGCCGCUGUCAACCCUCGAAGCCCCGGCCACUCCCACGGCCAGUCUGCUAAUCAAAAGCUGUGGUACCGGGACUUCAUGCAGCUGGUGGAUCACCCCAACCUGAGCACGGUCGAUCAGAUCUGCGAGCAGGUCUGGUCCCGCAAGCACAGCCUAUCGGGAAAAAGCGCUCCAGAUCCAGCCAAUGAGGCUCCAGGACAUGACCCUUUGAACUCGAAUCAUAAAAAAUGGAAGCACCUGAAGGAAGUGAGGAAGGGGCGAAAUCGCAGAACACAUGAUGGAAGACCCGCCCCCCGAGCUCCUCGGAGUGCAGGAGAGUAGCGAAGGGUAGCGAGAGAGACUGAGAGACCAAAAACAAAAGAGAGAUCACUGGAGACGGACAGAUUCCUUCGCAGCAUCUCAUUUUAAGACUGUUUAUCGCCUAACACACGUGUUCUGCUUUUUAUUAUCCCCCCUCCCCUUGACACCAUCCUUCUACCCAAUAAACACUACUGCCCUGUCUGCCUAUUCCUAAAGCGACUGCCUGCUAUCAGUCUUUAUAUACUCUGAUGUCUUCAUCUCUUGUCUACAGACCCAAUCUAGUGCCCCAUGACCCCAAUCCCGCCUAUAGCCCCAGCUUCUAUUACUCCAGCCUCAGUUUACGGUGCUGUCAGUUCCUAAUGAUUACCCAGAAGCUCACGCUUAAGGUCAUUUACCCGCACACACAAAACCAAGAAGACUUUGGCCCACUCUCCUGAAUUGCAACUUGAGGACAAAUGCAUGCAUGCACCGUGUAGAUCAGUAAACGGUAAACAGACAUUUAGUGAGUUCAUGUGUACUUGUGUGUGUGUUUUAACUGUCUGUUGUACAACGUGUGUUGGGUAGAUUAGAUUCUUCUUUAACUUUGGCCUUGAAACGGAGACCGCAUAGAAACUCUGACUCACCAGCUCCAGAUGAAAAUCCUCACCUUCUUCCACUGCUUGAAAACUUGCAUACUUAAACAUUUCAAGCAAGCAAAAGACUAAAAAGAAGAAAAUGACAAAACGGUUGUUACUAAAAGUGUGCUUAUGGGUGAAAGUUUUUCAUGCCACCGUAUGUACAAACCUAAAGAGGUUAGUGAGCUUUACAUUUUUGGCAUGGGGUCUGCUUUAUUUCUGAUGUUGUAUGAGACUGGAUUAUGGAUCAAAUGGUCUAACACCCGAGGACGAAAUCUACAAAACGUUUGUAUUUAACUUAAAGCCCACCAUUAUCCUGCUGACCUCUGAAAAGGCAAAACGGUCAUGUUGUGUUUGUAAGAGAAACGUUUCCUGAUUUUAUAGCGCUGUACCAUGUUCAAAGAAAUUCAUUUUAUUCACUGUUUAUAAGAAUAUGUGUUCUUUAAACAUAAAACAUCCUAGUGUUUGUAUAUUGUAUGUCGGCACAUAAUUUAGGAAACAAUCCCAGAUCGUCUCUUAAAACAAAUAACAAUGACAUAAUUUCCUCUUUCAUAUCCUUGAUGAAUAUUUAAUAUAUUUGAUGUGUAUCCAAUGGUCCAAAUUUCAAAUGCUGAUCCAGCAGCGUUGGAUUUGUUAGUUGCCUAAAUGCAUGUUUACAAACGUAAGACCAGUUUUCCGAACUUAAUUGAAAAUGGGGCAUAUAGGUGCGACCUCAAAGUUCAAAAGCAAAUUGUUAUCGUUCUACAAAUUUACAUAAUCUAUCUAUAUAUUUGAAAGUUAAAUAGAUUUGACCAGUAAAGGCACAGAUGUUUGAGGAGUGGUGAUGUGUUGAGGAUGUCGAGGGUUAAGCACGACCUCUUCUGGUGAUUGCCAAGAGUUCAUCUUGGCAUUGUAAAAUAAUCUAUUCAGAUUCAUUUUAAACAGAUAAGAAUGUAUCUGGGUGAAAAUGGUGGAUUAUCAUGUGGUAGUAUUUAUAUCUGUUUUCCAAAAAGUUUUUUAUUUUUGCAUGACUUAGAAACGUCUUGGUGAGCGUGUUUACAAUGGAAAACCCAUGUUUUAAAACUAGGUUAUCUGGUGUUUUCAUUGUAUAUUUAUAAGACUCGAUAAGCUAUGUGUUGUGGUAGUGCUAAAACUUACCUACAUGUGUAAUGUCCGUUUUGACAGAGAAAUCAUGCUUGUGUAUAUUUUGAAAUUCUUUUCACUUCUUUUUAAUACAUAUUUAAAACUUACACACUACGUUUGAAAGUCACUUGCCAAAUAGUCUUUUAAAUGUCUCUUCUCAAGAAAAAACAUCCAAAGCCUUUCCAACUCUUUAAUUAGACUCUUCUCAGUUUUUGAGAUAGUGUAAGAGCGUAUGUGUGUGUCUCAGUGUGAGAGCGAUUGUGUGUGUUUAUGCCAUUAAAUAUUAGGACAUCUCUAAAUGGCGAACAAGAGCGAGUUUCAUUUUGUUGACAGGUCGAAGGUCGAAGGCCAAAGUUGACGCGAACACUGUAUUACUCCCUGAGUUUCUUCCUCUGUGGAUUGUUGCAUCAGACUGUAAUUCAUUAAUACAAUAAAACAUGUAGUUACUUCAAAAUAA